UCAUUUUGUUAACAAACAUUCUCACGUAAAAUUUCAAGUUUCGUCAUGAUUAUAUAAUACCAAAAGAUGUACCAAAUAAAAUUGAAGCUACAACUAACAUGCUUGUGACUUAUAAACCCCAUCAAGAGUGCAAUUCUAUAAUUCAUUAUUCUCACUAGCUUGCCAAAUAUGAGAAGACAAAUUUUUGUCCCUCUUCUCUUUGCAUGGCUUCUGCUUGCAGCUUCUGCACUCAAUCACGUCACUGUCGAUAUUCAGGCUAUUCAAUCAGUUGAUUUCAAGCUCAGAACCCUACAGGCUACCCCAAAGCCACAUGCAGAACAUGUGAUACCUUCAUGGGUUAAAGAAAAGAAGAGCCGUAAAAGCCCAUCAGGACCAAACCCAAUAGGGAAUCAACGCCCACCAACUAAACCAUAAAGAGAUGAAAACACUCGUUCGACAUCAUCAGUCUUCAGUAGAGACAUCAAUAACUGUUUUUCUCAUGUCAUAGGAGAUCAAUGGAUUCGUGUAUUCUACUUUUAGAAGCACUGUGUUAGUACACAUAUGGUAUUUAAUAUUCGUAUUUUACAAAUUGUCAGCCAAUACAUUGACUUCGUCGCAAGGCAAACAAAUCCUGAUUUAUUUUCUAACUAGAUUGUUAAAUUUGUUGAAA